UCGACGCCAAUGUUACCAAUGGGUGUCCCCAAGAAGACCAUCGUUGAAGCGUUAACACGCAGUAUUUCUAAUCCCGUCAACGUAUAUGCUUCACGCGAAAUUCACGAGAAAUUCAUUAAAUCGUGAACAUCCGGAUAAACACCGGAAGAUCACGAUGUUUUUGAUUAUUGAUUCAUUAUAUUUCCUUCGUAAUCGAAAAAAUCGAUCUAAUGUCUGUGAAAGGAAUAUUAUGUUUUCGAUCAUUUUAUAGAAAUUUGACUAUAAUAAUCUAUAGUUGUUGUAUGUUUAGACAUAAAUAUGUUUAUACACAAAUAUUUUUGACUAAAUAAUAAUAAUAGUGCGAUGGAAAUUUUCGUGAAGUAUAAAUAAAAGUGAAGUUGUGUGUGGGGGAUGAAUAAAGAUGGAAGGAUUGAUAUGUUACUGCCGGAAGUGAUGCACUAACAACGUAUUAUUUUAAUGCAAUGCGCAUUCAAAACUUAUGUGAUUUUCGAAAAAAAAAUCCGAUCGAGUAUACGUUCCCUAUUACGUUGAAUAAAUCAAUUCUAUUUGAAAUAUUUACAUUCGUGGCAAUUAAAAUUAUUUCUACGUGAAUAUCAAGUGUAUGUACGUAUGUAUUUCUUGAAAAAUAUACAGAAGUCCUGAGAAAAUCGAUAUGGUGAAUGCAAGUACAUAUGGAUAUUGCAUCAGCUAAUGUUUCAACGCGGGAAACUGUUUUAUCUUUGAGAUGUUUCUAUCGAGAAAACUAUUUCUUCGUAACAAGUUCGUAAAAGAAAAAGAAAUAUAUCCGAUUCUAUAACUAAUAUUUACAUACAAUGUUUCUAUUAUCGUCGAUAUAUACUUCUGUUUUAAAAGGAAAUAAAAAAAAAAAAAAAUAGAUAAGAAAAUGAAUAUAUAAUAGUAACGAAUAUAAUCAUAAUUCAACAAUAAAAAUCUAUCUUUUAUUUUUUCUUUUCCACUGAUAAAUGUAUAAACUUUGAUUAAGAAUUAUCUAAGUUUACAAAAAAGAAAAAAAAAAAAAACUUAUGUAAUCUACAAAAUAAAAAUGAAAAUAAUGGAAAUGCGGUGAAGGAAGAAAUGCGACUGAGAUAUGUCCGCGUCUCGAAGGGAAAUAAGAACGCCGAAGUUAUCCGAAAAAAUCCGAAUAACGACGGAACGAAACGAAAGUAGGGAAGCGCGCAUUUUUCAUUUCGGCGGGGACUAAUGAAGUAAGCCGAACGUUGACGUUCUUCGUUUCGGCGGUGACCAACGAAGUGAACCGAACGUUGGCUUUCUCCCCACCAAUACUUCCCUCCCACCAACCCUAUACUUUCCCCCCACCGUAAAGCUCGUCAGAACCACAUGUGCGAAGAGCACGCGUUCGUUUCGUUUGUAUGUACGUUUGAAAGAGGUAUGGUCACAAGAAUUCGAACCUUUGAAUGGGUCGUAACAAAACGACGUUGCCGAAAAAAUCUUAAUUUAAUAUUUUCUUAUAUAUUGAAUCAUUUUCAUUUGAAAAUAAUAAAAAUCACCUAAAAAUGCCGGACAAAGUAGCACCAGCCGAGAGGCAAGUGAUGGUGCUUCAUACUUCGAAAAAAAAUAUUUCCGAAGAUAAGAAUAAAGACAGUGGUGUGAAAUUGAAAAAAGAAUUAGGAUUACUCGAUGGAGUUGCAAUAAUCGUUGGUAUCAUCGUUGGUGCUGGCAUUUUUGUUUCACCUAAAGGAGUUCUUACUAAUAGUGGUAGCGUUGGCCAAGCUCUCAUCGUUUGGAUUUUCUCUGGUUUACUUUCACUUGUCGGUGCUCUCUGUUAUGCCGAAUUAGGUACGAUGAUACCAAAAUCGGGUGGUGACUAUGCCUAUAUUAGCGAUGCGUUUGGGUCAUUACCAGCAUUUCUUUAUCUAUGGGUUGCAUUAUUUAUUCUCGUUCCAACCGGAAACGCUAUCACUGCACUUACGUUUGCACAAUACAUUUUACAACCUGCUUGGCCAGGUUGUAAACCACCAUAUGCAGCUGUAAGACUUCUUGCAGCAGUUGUUACAUGCUUGUUAACUGCAAUUAAUUGUUAUAAUGUUAAAUGGGCAACAAGGGUUCAGGAUAUAUUUACUGGUACAAAGAUCUUUGCCUUGAUCAUCAUCAUGGUUGCUGGUUUCUGGUGGCUUUGUACUGGUCAUACAGAUAAUUUUCAUCAACCAAUGGCUGGAACAAAUACGCAACCUGGUUAUAUCGCGCUUGCUAUAUAUUCAGGAUUAUUUUCCUACUCUGGGUGGAAUUAUCUUAAUUUUGUCACAGAGGAAUUGAAAGAUCCUUACAAAAAUCUUCCAAAAGCAAUAUGCAUAUCUUUGCCAUUGGUGACAGUGAUUUAUGUCUUAGCAAACGUCGCAUACUUCGUUGUCUUGACGCAAGAUGAGAUACUUGCAUCGAACGCAGUCGCUGUUACUUUUGGUGAUAAAUUAUUAGGAGUAAUGUCAUGGAUCAUGCCGUUUUUCGUAGCAUGCUCAACAUUCGGUGCAUUAAACGGUGCAAUCUUCGCUUCUUCAAGAUUAUUUUUCGUUGGGGCACGUAAUGGUCAUUUGCCUACUGCCAUAGCACUCAUUAAUGUACAAAAUUUGACACCAAUGCCUUCCCUUAUAUUUCUGUGCAUUAUCACCCUGGCACUUCUGAUCAUAGAGGAUGUCUAUGUGCUGAUCAAUUAUGUUAGCUUCGUUGAAGCACUGUUCACCACGCUCUCAGUAUCUGGCCUCUUGUGGCUACGUUACAAAAGGCCCGAUCUUCAUCGACCGAUAAAGGUAUCUAUAGCUUUACCCGUAAUUUUCUUCAUAAUUUGUACAUUUUUGGUUAUUCUUCCUUGCUACGUUUCACCAUGGGAAGUAGGAGUAGGAAUAAUUAUUAUUUUAUCUGGAAUUCCUGUAUAUUCGAUUUUUAUAUACUGGAAAAACAAACCAAUUUGGCUAGUAUCAGCUUCACAUGAUUUUAACAUGUUUUGCGCGAAACUUUUUUUGUGCGUACAAGAAGAGAAGAAUGAUUGAAAAGGUAAGUGCGUUUUAUGGUCUUCUCUAGACAAUGCAAAUAUAUAUAUUUAUAAACGAUAAACUGAUCUAAAGGAGCAAUAUUUCUUUUUUGUAUGCAAUAAUUAUUAUAUUAAUGGAUGUUCCUCUUGGCCAUAAUAAUUAAUGAUAUAUAAAAUAUAAUGAAUGAUUAUGAGUGAAUGAAAUUAAUUAUGAAUAUUUUAUAAAUAUAUAUAUAUAUAUAUAUCAAAAGUGUCAAUGAUGCUUCCAAAAAACUGCCAAAUUUGUAAAAUUUAGAAAUUGUUGAAAAGAUUUUUUAUUUUAACGUUAUUUAACUAGGCAAGAAAAGAAAAAUAAAAACUAAAUUAUUUAAAUCGUUUAUAUGAAUGUGAGGCAUUUUCUUAUACUUUUAUACAAAAAUAACUUUUUCAUGCAUUAUUUAAUGUAUCUUGAAAUGUUUUGCAUAUAAUUAAAAUAUUUAAUAACGCAUUAAAAUAUUUAAUAUUAUAUAUUACGUGCAAACGCGAUUGAUGAUAAAUUUUGCUUGAUCAUAUAUAAUUGUACAUAUAACAAUCAAUUGAAUAAUGUAUAAUCUAUUCUUUUGCUAAAGAUAAUUAAUUAAGAUAUAUAUAUAUAUAUAUAAAUUUUUUACACAAAAUAAUUGUAAAUAUUACAUCAUCAGCCUUUGCGAGUCAAUUAUGUUUUGUCUAUUUAUAUUUAAUAAUAUGUAUUUGAUAUAUAAAUGAAUAUUAUAUUAAUAAUCAAUAUAUAUAUAUAUAUAUAUAUAUAUAUAUAUAUAUAUAUUGCGUGCGUCCAUGUGUGUGGGUAUAUGAGUGUGUGUAUGUAUAAAUGAGAUAGUUGGUAUAAAAAGUCAAAUAAAUGUAUAAGCGUUAUUUUUUAAUAUUUCUUUUUUUUUUUUCCUUUUGGUUGUGUAUUUAUACUCAUUUUUAAUAUAAUUCAAUUGUAAUAUACAUAAUCCAGAGCAAAUGUAGAAUAAAAUCACUUUUUUCAACUCCUUUUCUAUCGCCGACACAUGUGUGAUCGAUUGCUAAAUUUCAUUUUUUUUAUACUAAUGGAAUAUGUAAUAUUUCCAACAUCAAUUUUUAUGUAUGCCACCCAUGUUCAUCUAACAGUAAAGACAAACUUGUAUAAAAUGUGUUCUCUUUUUCUAUCUGUUU